AUGAGAUGUUGUCAUUCGCAAAAAGCACGGAAGCUGUUCGAUGAAAUUCCCGAAAAAGAUGUUAGAACUUGGACGAUUCUCGUCUCAGGCUUCUCUAAAAACGGGCAGUACUCGAAUGCCUUGGAUUACUUUACCAGAAUGCAGAAUGAGGGGACAAUUGCUCCCAACGCCUUUACUUUGUCUAGCGCGCUAAAAUGUUGUGCUUGUAUUAAUAACGGGCUUUCCAUGGGGAAAGCCAUUCAUGGCUGGAUAAUCAGGAACGGAAUUCAAACAGACGUGGCUCUGGAAAACGCCGUUCUUGAUCUUUAUGCCAAGUUCGGGACUUGUAAUUAUGUGAAGAGAUUCUUUGAGAUGAUGGGUGCUAAUAAAGAUUCCACUUCUUGGAACAUAGCUAUGGCAGCCAACUUGAAUUCGGGUGACCUGGGCGAAAGUCUCGAUUUCUUCUGGAGUUUGCCAACUAAGACUGUUUCUAGCUGGAAUACUAUAAUAGAUGGACUUUUGCGAAGAGGGUUUGUGGGAAAAGCUCUCGAUCUUCUGCGCGAGAUGAUUUCAUCUGGAUGUGCUUUUGAUGGAGUUACAUUCACUAUAUCUUUAGCUUUAGCAUCCUCAGUAAAGAAUUUCGACUUGGGGAGGCAGAUUCACGGGAAGCUUCUCAGGAGUGGGAUAAAUUACGACGCAUUCAUAAGCACAGCACUUCUCGACAUGCACUGUAAAUGCGGGAAAAUGGAGAAAGCUUCCGUGAUAUUCCAUAAUUUGCAACUGAGAUAUUCUCUUGACGAGUCAACAGAAAAAACCGCUUGUUGGAGUACAAUGAUUGCUGGGUACAUUCAGAACGACAUGAUAAAAGAUGCCUUUGCAUGUUUUAGUUCAAUGAUGCACGAGAAAGUCAAGGUGGGACCCUUCACACUCACCACCAUUGCUGCUGCUUCUGCAAAUGCUUCUCUUUUGGAGCUCGGCCGACAAAUUCAUGCUCAAACACUUAAAUUAGGACACGGGCAAGAUGUUUUCUUAUGCUCGUCUUUAAUCGACAUGUACGCAAAAUGCGGGAAUUUGGACGAGGCUUGGUCGUUUUUCCGGGAGGCUCGAACUAGAAAUGUGGUGCUUUGGAGUGUGAUGAUAACGAGUUAUGGGGUUCAUGGUUGGGGAAAAGAAGCAGUUGAGCUAUUUGAACAGAUGCAAGAAGAGGGAAUUCGGCCGAAUGAAGUGAGCUUUGUGGGGGUUUUGACAGCCUGUAGUCAUUCGGGUUUAGUAGAAGAUGGCUGCAGGUAUUUUAAGAUGAUGACAGAUGUUUAUGGGGUCCAGCCUGGCGUUCGGCAUUUUGCUUGCAUGGUAGAUAUCUUGGGGCGAGCUGGCCACUUGAAGGAGAUUAAGGAUUUUGUGUAUGAGAAUGAGAUGCAUCAUGUAAAACAAGUGUGGAAAGCGUAUUUAUCGUCUUGUUGGGUUCACAAGGAUGCUGAGCUGGCGAAUUCGGUCAGUAAGAAACUUUUUGAACUGGAUCCGGAAGGUUCCGCCUCGUAUCUUCUUGCAUCGAACACUUAUUCUGCAAAUAAUAUAUGGGAGGAAGCAGUUAAAGUUAGGCGUUUGAUGGUGGAGCGGGAUGUUAAAAAGCUUCCCGCCCAAACAGCUGAAGAUGGAAAUAAGGUAGAACGUGAAUAUGUAGAAGAAGAUAAUGAAGAUAGCAUAUCGGGUGACAGUGUGAAAACUGCCCUUCCAAGAUUCAAGCUGUUCAAGAAUUUCAAGGCUUUCUCUCAGAUAUUUGUGUACAAGGAUGAGCUAGAACCAGAGUUGGGUUUUGAAAUUGGGUUCCCAACAAACGUAAAACAUGUGACUCACAUAGGGCUGGAUGGUAAUUCAAGUUCAAUAUAUUUGGAGGACUCGAAUCACGUUAAGGAACUCGAGUUGAUUAACCAACUCCACUCGUUUCCUUUUAAGCAAAUCAAACCUGCCACACCCAACAAGAGCUACAUUUUGUAAUAAAGUGUGACUGUAAUAAAUACUAUAUGUUAUGGGGAAGUCCAUGAAAUGAGUGCUCAUCAUGGAUCUUAGAACAAUUUCUUGUAUUAUGUAAUCGUGUUGAAAAUUGAGGUACAUACAAUAUACUAGCUUAUCUGUGAAAGUUUGUUUGUUCCAGAUCUAUGGAGUAUGGACAAUAAUAAAAGAUAUACACAAAGAACAUAACCAAAUGUUGGAGAACAACUGAAAGAAAACAGCAAAAGUUGUUGCUACUUUAAAAAUUGUAAGAAGCUAUUGCUUCAUUAGUUACCCAGAAUUGUAUCAAGCUGCAGAAUUCCUAUAACUACAGAUCCCAAGAUAAUCAAUUUGUUGCCAUCACAUUGCAUCAAGAAGAUAACCCAAACAAGAUAAAUACAUAGAUAAAAUGGGCAGAAUGGAGAAAAAAUAUCUAACACAGUAUUAACCUAAAGAAGAUGAAUCGCAGUCUGAAAUGAAUUUGUUGAUAUCCUCAAGGAAAAUAGAAUGAGGCGGCCUAUCUUCCCUCCUCACAUACCUUUUCCCCAUCUCCACACUGAACUCACUCAGUCCCUCCUGACCGCACCUCUUCCACAGCCUCUCCCCAAAUCCACUGUGGGCAAAAUAAGCCUCGGCCUCCGACACUCUCUCUUCGCCGCCGCACUCCACAGUAGUCACCGGCAGUCUUUGGUAGUGGCCCCAGUCGAGCCCCUCCAGCUCGUCGAGGCGGGCUAGGCCAGGGCCCGAAGACACGGAGUAGAGCUCUCCACGGACGCGUUGACCAGAUCCGGGUAGGUUGAUCAGGUAAGGGAUGCCGUGGGGACCGCACACCAGUGGGAAUGAUUUGACGGUGGUGUGGGGGCCGAUAUAGGCGGCGUUGCGCGUCCUGAUCAGAUCCUCCAUCAGCUUGUGGUUGGCAAAUCCUUGCUUGAGCGUGCCGUACACGAAGAUCAGGCUGGCGGUAUAGCCUCCGGCACUCUCUCCUCUUCCAUCCGCCAUUGCCAGCGUCAAAAUUGUUUAUUCACUUAUUAGUCGACUAUAGAAAUUGUGGGAUCCAACGUUUCUUCUUAAAAUAAAGGAUACGACUCUCAAUCCUAACAUUUUGAUUGGUGUUGAAUACUCCUAUCGAACUGGGAUUACAUUUACAUCAAUUAUAU